AUGCAUGCGCUUUUCUCUCGCAGGUUCAUCGUUAGCUCUUCUUCGCAGCUAACUAAAUCUCUGAUGAAGAAGAAGAAGCUCGCUUUUUCUCACUGGAGCCAGAGCCGCUAUAUACUCAGCCAUCUUCUUCCUUCUGGCCUCGCUUCUUCGUCUUCAGUAACCCGCGUUGGUCCAUCUCUUGUAUUACGGUCGGAGAAAAUCAAUAGGUUCUUUGUCAGCACGUUGAGGAGAAGUCUCUUGGAAACUAGAGCUGGGUUCUUCGAUCCUCAGCUUCCUCCUAAGCCUUGGGUUUUCACUGGCUUUCAAAAACGUGGAUGGAAGUCUUGGUUUAAUGGAGCUAAUGGUGUUGUCUUUGGAUUGAUAAUAGCUAAUGCUGCUGUAUUUACUAUGUGGAAGGUUUACGACCGGAAAUGGAUGUUCAAAAAUUUUGUGCUAUCAUUGAAAAGCUUUAUGACUGGACGUAUACACACGCUGAUAACUUCGGGUUUCACUAAUGUUGGAACCAGUCAACUCAUCAUGAACAUGAUUGGACUCUACUACUUUGGGACCAGAAUCGCAACAACCUUGGGACCGGUCUACCUUUUGAAGCUGUACUUUGCUGGAUCACUUGCUGGCUCUCUUCUCUUCUUAAGUGCUCAUGCUGUAAUGGCAAUACUCAAGAGCCAAGGAGUUUCCUACAAGGGUCAAUCAAAACCCAUUGGACUGCUGGGUCCAGAGGGAUCUGUAUAUGCCAUUGCACUGCUGGAUAUGUGCCUCUACCCCAAAGUUACUACAUACUUUGCGUUUAUUUGCCGAGUACCCGUGAUCUUAUCCUUUGAAAACAAGGUUUUGAAGGUGUUAGAUGGGGAACAGAAGAGAAUCACCGUGGGUAUGAUUCACGCUGUAGGAGGAGCUAUGGUUGCAACAGAAUCGUGUAAAGAUACAUGGCGUAUUGAGAUGGGUAGUGAUGAGUUAGGAGACCGAUUGUAUUUGAUUACCAUCCAGUUUACUGACUAUUUCGAUAACGCUAGAAAGCGAACAACGACUGAUGCUACGGUGGAGCAGGCCGUUAAGGAGAGAGAUGAAAAAGAACCAGAACGCAAGUCUGUUGAGAAGGUAUUUGAAGACGUCCUGGCCAAAAUUAAAAAAAAAAAGGUUUGGUUCUCUCCAGCAGAGCUGGUAGGAGGAUUGUUAGUCUCCAGUUUGGCAAACACAAGUCAAGCUGAUUCGUUGGCUUCUGAGCCACAGCAAGGGACUCAAGGUGAAACCAAUUCCGAGAGUGCACCACCUGCGUCGAAGAAACCAAAAGGAUCCGAGUCACAACCUGAUACUGCCCAAGUUGAAAAAUCAGUUAUCUAA